AUGCUGCUCAACUUCUCUGCCGCGAUUGCUCUGCUGUGUGCGUCGACAACAGUCGUAGCAGCAGGUUUGCACACCGUGCAGAUGGAUAGGCAUUCCAACUCUGCCCACAGAAACGCAGAUUCUGCCACCAAGCGAUACCUCCACAAGCGGGGCAUGUCCUCCACAAGUCCAUUAACCAGCAUCACUGGUGACGUCAUGUAUACUGUCCCUUUGGGUCUUGGAACACCUGCCCAAAAGUUCAACCUGGCGAUCGAUACAGGUAGUCCCGUCACUUGGGUUGUCGCCAGUAGCUGUACCUCAAGCCUCUGCAGUAAAGUCACCGAUCGCUUCGAUUGUGCCGCAUCAUCAUCGUGCCAACAGUCGACAACGCCUUUCAACAUCUCAUACGUCGAUGGUUCCGAAGUCGCAGGGUCAUACAUCUCCGAGAAGUACACUUUAGGAUCAUUAUCGUUCAAGGGUGCAGUCGGCCUAGUAACACAGGACAGCUCGGCGAUGGGACCAACAGUCGACGGCAUCAUGGGGCUCUGGUACUACCCUGCAGGAUCCAACGUGCCUAUCCUUAACGUCCUCAAGAACUCUAGUGCACUGACCCAGCCCCAGAUCGGAGUGUGGCUCAAGGGUUCGUCUUCUGAGGAGAAUGCGCCUGGUGGAGAGAUUACUUUUGGAGGCGCAGAUACGUCGAAGUAUUCGGGUGAUAUCUCGUACGUCGAUUGCGGUGGCGACAGUCCCUGGACCAUCCCAGUGGGAGGGCUAAAGGUGAACGGUCAGACCAUCAACACCUCGGGUGCUAUGGCAACCCUCGACACCGGUACCUCCCUCAUGCUCGUCUCUCAAACUGUCUCGGACGCCAUCAACGGUGCCAUCCCCGGCGCUAUCAAAGACUUCACGAUCCCUUACACUGCCUUGGCAGUCCAGGACCAGACUGCCACCACUGACACUGGUGCAACGGUCUGUUUGAGUGCUGCCAUGUACCCCACCGGCGACACCGCCACCAUCGCUGACUGGUUGUUGGGAGACGCGUUCCUGAAGAACGUGUACACGGUGUUUGAUUUCAGCACCCCGAAGGGAAGGAUUGGCCUUGCUUCCCUUGGGUCGGGCGGCAGCAGCAGCAACAGCUCGCUGGAUAACAGCACUGAUAGUAGCAGUGGUAAUGCCGCAGGAAGUAGAGGAGCAAUGUUGUCGAGUAUGCUUCAGGCCUUGACUGCGAUUGCUGUUGCUGUGGCCAUAUUCGCCUAA